AUGGCAGCAGAGGCAUAUGAGCUAAGCUCACAGCUUGGAAGUCAAGAUGGAGCUUCGAAUUUGUCCACCAAGCUUCUCAACUUCGUCCAUUUCUACUCUUCACCCGCCCUCUUUAUCAUAUUUAUCGUAGCUUUUGUUACGAAUUCUAUUCUCUCCGCUGAGAACGCUGCAGAGUCGCUAGGUCCCGUUCGACUCGGUCCUGGUGGAAAGCCACUACCCCGCGGAACGGCUCGAAAGAACGAAGAAGAGAGGGAGAAGAGAAAGAAGGACAAGGAUUUCAGCCAUGGCAGAAAGCUGUUCUUCUUCUACCUUUCUGCUGCACUUCUUGCGACUUUUGUGGCAAAUGCAAUCAACAUCAUUGCUCAUGCUCUCACCGAUACUGCGAAUGGUUGGUGGUGUGGUGAAGCUGCGGCUAUAUAUGUUUGUGCAUCGGCCUUCUUCUAUAGCAUCUUCCUCAUCUCUCUGGUGGACACGACGCCAUCUCCCAACAUCGCUCACCAAAUUACAUGGGGCUUUUCCAUUAUCAUGGAAGUCGUACUGCUAGGGGGGAAUAUUGCCUUAUACACCAGUCCUCAUAAGGAAAUCAAUUCUCUGAAGAAAAAGGACGACAGCGAGAAGAUUUACGAUUCACCAACAGAUUGGGAGGCUGUCCAAUUAACAAUUGAUAUAGCCCGAGUCAUAGUCUUACUGGCCCUCUUCACAUUCUACAUUAUUUUCUCCCUCGAACGCAGUCACAAUCAACGAAGCGAGUCACGAGGGGAUUCUGACGAGCAGACCCCUCUCCUUGUCAACGGCCAGGCUAACGGAAAUGGACAUGUUCAUGAUAAUGGAACAAUUGGUCAUGGUGAAUGUGCUGCUGGAUUCGUUACUCCCAACACCCGCAAGAGUACAGAGGAACCCGCAUUCUACAAGCCAACCGUGCAGCCAAAUAAGACUUGGUACGAAUAUCUCAGAGGUUAUUCUCUCUUCUUCCCAUACUUGUGGCCAAGCAGAUCUGUCCGCCUUCAGCUUGUGGUUCUGGUUUGCUUCCUUCUGGUUAUACUUCAACGGGUGGUCAACAUUGCUGUGCCCAUCCAGCUUGGUCGCCUCACCAACCAACUCGCCAAUCGAGAUGGAGAGACCUCUGGUAUGCCUUGGCUCUCGAUCUCCAUGCUCAUCGGAUUCAAGUUUCUGCAGGGUACUGGUGGUAUCCUGGGAGCCAUUAGAUCUGUACUCUGGAUUCCUAUCUCUCAAUACUCCUACCGAGCAUUGACUACAGCAUCUUUUGAGCAUGUUCACAGUCUCAGUCUUGACUUUCACUUGGGUAAGCGAACAGGAGAGGUCUUGUCUGCUCUGAGCAAAGGAAACGCUAUCAACAAUUUCCUCGAGCAAAUCACGUUUCAAGUUCUCCCCAUGAUUUUUGAUUUAGGGGUUGCAAUUGUGUACUUUGGUAUUGCUUUCGACGCCUACUAUGCCUUAGUGGUUGCCAUGAUCACGUUCGCCUACCUCUACCUUACAAUCCGGAUGGCCCGAUGGCGCUCUACCCAGAGACGAGCCAUGACAAAUCUGAGCCGAGAGGAGGAUGCAGUCAAGAACGAUUCUCUCACUUCCUAUGAGACUGUCAAGUAUUUCAAUGCCGAGGAAUACGAGUUCAAUCGAUAUCGCAAAGCGGUCAUCGCGUUCCAGGCAAUGGAGUACGAGGUCACGAUAUCUUUGAAUAUUCUCAAUAUUUCACAGAACAUGGUGUUCAUGACUGGUCUCCUUGUCACGUCUUUCAUUUCUGCAUAUCAAGUUACAACUGGUAUUCGCAAGGCGGGAGACUUCGUAACGCUCUUGACUUACAUGGCGCAACUCCAACAGCCCCUCAAUUUCUUUGGCUCGUUCUACCGGAGCGUACAGAGCGCAAUGAUCAGCGGAGAGAGACUCCUCGAGCUUUUCAAAGAGCAACCCACUGUUGUCGACGAGCUCGAAGCAAAGGCCAUGCCAGGUUGUGAAGGCCAAAUCAGUUUCCAGAACGUCAAAUUCUCCUACGACCAACGCAAGCCUGCCCUGGAAAACCUUAGUUUCAAUUGCCGUCCUGGCACCACCACUGCGUUUGUUGGGGAAUCUGGUGGGGGGAAGUCAACCGUCUUCAGACUUUUAUUCCGGUUUUACAACACCCAAGAUGGAAGUAUUCAAGUCGAUGGCACUGAUGUUAGAGACAUUACCAUUGAUUCUCUGCGGCGCCACAUCGGAGUAGUUCCACAGGAUACCAUUCUGUUCAAUGAGACUCUCAUGUACAAUCUGAAGUACGCCAACCAGGCGGCCACGGACGAGCAGGUCUACGCAGCAUGCCGCGCAGCUUCCAUCCACGACAAGAUCAUGGCCUUCCCGGAUCAGUACGAGACCAAAGUCGGAGAGCGCGGUCUUCGUCUAAGUGGUGGAGAGAAACAGCGUGUGGCUAUUGCUCGUACCAUCCUCAAGGACCCCCGCAUCAUCAUGCUAGAUGAGGCUACGGCGGCUUUGGAUUCAGAUACUGAACAGAACAUCCAAGAGGCACUGCGAACCUUGUCUCAAGGCCGGACUAUGCUUGUCAUUGCUCAUCGCCUGUCAACAAUCACCAGUGCUGACCAGAUCGUUGUUCUCCAUGCUGGUCGGGUUGACGAAGCUGGGACUCACAAGGAAUUGCUGGAGAAGAAGGGCCGCUACUACAACAUGUGGCGAAAGCAGAUCAAGGCUGAGCGUGCCGAGCAGCAAGCUACACAGAUGAUGGCGAAAGCCAAGGCUCUGAAGGAUGCUAUCAUGACCCGACCCACCAGCUCUGGAAAUGAGGGAAGUCCGAGUGAGGAAGCCAGUGACAAUGAUUGUGGACGCGACAACCGAAGUACUACAACGUCGGCCACGCUUGCCUCCAACGCCCUCCUCGUCAAAAAGCCUGAGGCAUAUCGGAUGGAUAGCUCUUCAGGCUCCGAGUCUAACUUUGGGGACGUCAAUGGCAUCAAUGGCACCAAGCCAGACAGCGUCGACAAAUUCCAAGGCGUUGAGACUGCGGGCGAGACCUUGGUUGGGGCCGCGGCUCAAGGUGCUCAAAACGAUGCCCUUCCAGGGAUAGAGGCUGGAGCCCAGGGUCUGCUCUAUUGGUUCUUGCUUUUACAUGGAACUUCCGGUAUGUAUUUUACAUCCAAAACAACGGCGUGGGGGCUGUUUGCUAGUUUGCUUGCUUGA